AUGUCAAAGGUAAAGUCGAAUAACUAUAAAUCAACAACGACGGCAUCGUUAACCGAAGAGAUUAAAGUUGUUGUUGUUGGCGAUGGUUAUACGGGCAAAACAACAUUAUGUGUUGUUUAUAAAGAUGGGGAAUAUCCACAAGAUCCAUAUGUGCCAACAAUAUUCGAGAAUUAUGCAGCAACAGUGACAUUAAAUAAUCGAAAAUACAUACUCAAUCUAUUUGAUAGUGCUGGACAGGAAGAAUAUGAUCAACUUCGUAUCAUGGCUUAUCCAAAUACAAAUGUGUUUAUUCUGUGUUUUUCCAUUGUCGAUCCUGAUAGCUAUUCAAAUAUAUUAAGUAAAUGGAUACCGGAGUUGAAUCGUUAUGCGUCACGUGUACCGAUUAUUCUUGUUGGAACUAAACUUGAUUUACGUAAUGAUCCAUCAACACUGGAACAAUUAACUGAAAAACACCAACGACCUAUAACACAGUCUCAGGGUGAAUAUUUAGCACGUAUCUGUUCAGCGAAAGCUUAUUUGGAAUGUUCAUCAAUGCUUAAUUUUAAUAUACGAAAUGUAUUCGAACAAGCUAUUGAAACAUAUAUUCUACAUGAGCAACGAUAUCGGAAUGGAAUAAGUAAUGGACGGAGAAUAUUGUCAGCUAAAUUUCAAUCAUGUUCAUGGUUUAACUCAUUGGUAUGCUGUACGAAUGGUUCGAGAACGUCAUCGAAAAAAAAUCUACGAACGAAAAAAGAUAAACAAAAUCGUUAUACAUUAUGA